AAAAAGAAAGAAAGAAAGAAAGAAAGAAGAGAGAGAUGGGUGAGCCGAAGGUACAAUUGCUGGACAUGUCAAGAGUUCCUAAAGUUCGAGAGGGGUUCUACGCGACGAACAACCAGUUCCAGAAAGAGGGUCCAAAGGGUUUCGUCCAAGUGAAGGUUCUGGAGGACGACAAGCUCUAUGUGCGUGUGGACUUGCCCGGUGUUCCAGACGACGCCGUUCACGUCAGAGUUGACGCCGUCAGACAAAAGGUUGUGUUUUUCUCCGGCGAGACUGUCGUCAACCAGAAGGAAGGCGUGCGUGAGUACUCCGGAACAGCCGGUCUGGGCUGUGACUGCUGCGAGAUCACAGGCGUGGCCGAUGUCAAAAUGAAAGACGGGGUUUUAAGGAUGAUUCUCUCGAGGGUGAGGGUGAACAAGGAUCAACAGGACAACACGUGUACUCUCACUGUGCCUCCUUUCACAGGCAAAUCCGGGAUACGUUUGGAGGAUCAUCCGUAUGUGGUGAAAGGUCGCAAGGAAGCACUUUUUUGGGAUCCAACAGUAGUGCAAGGAGGGUUUUACUUUGCAGUAGACGUGCCAGGUGCUUGUGGGGAUGAUGUAGAAGUUUCUGCUAAUGAGAACGUAAUCAGAUUCAAAGCUGAGAUCAAAGACGUUGGUCAUGAGCAUGAUGAGAGCGGUCGAACCUACCUGGGAAGCAUGAAAAGUCCUUUUUGUUCCCCUGAGCUACCUUUGAAUACCACCCACACCAUCGGUUGGGAUGUUGAAUUUGGUGUUCUCAAGGUUGUUGUUCUACCUCCUGGAAUCACAACACCAUCAACGCCUAAGGGAACCCCUAUCGAAUAAUCCAAUCUCUUUCUCUCCUUCUCUUUUAGUACUCUCUACUGUUUUUUACAUUUUGGGACAAGUUACAGUGACUAGUUUUUCUCUGUUUACGCUGAGACAAUGGUGUGUGAAAAGAGAGAGAGAGAGACUCGCUAUGCUUUUGCGUUUGCUAUGGAAUCAAGUAAUUCAUGUCAUUACUUUUCACAAGA